AUGAAAGACUACGAAAAGAUUGAAAAAAUUGGCGAAGGUUUGUUGGCUUUAAUUUAGGACAUUUAUUUAGUACACACAUUCUGCUCCUGAAAGCAGUUUAACUCAUUUAAAUUUUCGAAUAUUCUCUAUUUUGAUAGGUACAUAUGGCGUCGUGUACAAAGCGCGAAAUUUGAUAACUCGUGAAUUCGUUGCUUUGAAGAAAAUUCGUUUUAUAGACGGCGAAGACGAAGGCAUGCCAAGUACAUCUCUGAGAGAGAUAUCUGUGCUCAAAGAAUUAGAACACCCAAAUAUUGUACAGUAAGUGACUCUGGCAUCAGAGUAUAAAAGUAACAAAUAGUGAAGUUCAUAGACAUAAUACAAGAAAUUCUAUGAAACUUCAUAAGCCUUAUCAAAGAACAAACUAUGUUAAACAUUCACUCUCUAACAAGGGAGUUGAUAUCUGGAAUAAUCUUGACCCAAACUUUAAAAAUAUAGCAUCUUACUAUACAUUCAAGAAAAAAUCGAAAAAAUACUACAUACUGAAUAACUGAAAAACUACUACCAAUUAAAAACAUCUGCAAUAUCAAAUUUUAUAUGAAUUAAUAAUAAUAUACUUUUGUCAUCAUAACAUUUUAUUUACUGUAGCACUAUAUGUAAAUACUUUAUCAUAUUGCACCUCACUUGAAGCACUGUCACCUAGUUUUGUUUGUAAAUAGGAUCCGUAUUUUGUAAUUUAAAAUGUAACUAGGGGUCUUAAUCAAAUGCCUUUUGAUGGUUUCUAGUAGGCCCCUAGCCCUAGAUAAUAAACAUGUAAAUAUAAUAAUCAAAAUUUGUGUAAUUAAAUUGGGCGAAUUAAAUUAAAAAACAAAUAAAAUAGGAGGCAUUAGAGUGCAUUCAGCGUGCCACAUAUGGGUGCCAGCCAUUGUUAAUCUUUUCAGUUUUGUGAAAAUGUAUUUAGGUUACAACGUGUUGUUUAUGAAGACGAAAAGCUCUAUCUGGUAUUUGAAUUCCUCACAAUGGAUUUAAAGCAACAUCUCAACACAACAAUUGGAUUUCUGGAUAAAAUGCUUGUAAAGGUAACCACUUCAUUAUGUACUUUAACCCAUUGAGUGGCACUGCUCUCCCCUUGACAAUAAAAUUGUCUGGCAUUCGACAAAGUAAAAAUGGGCUAAUCUACAAUCAUUUUCAAGCAGUUUUCAGAUGCUGGUUAUUGUAGAAUACUAGUUACAUAAUGGACAGAUAUUUGAGAUAUGCUCACCAUAUAUUUUUGUUUCCUAGAGUUAUUUGUACCAAAUAUUGACUGGCAUGCUUUUCUGUCACACUCGAAGAAUACUACACCGUGAUCUUAAACCACAAAACUUGCUCAUCAAUGACACAGGUGUAAUAAAACUUGCAGAUUUCGGGUUGGCUCGAACAUUUGUUGUACCUAUUCGCGCUUACACACAUGAGGUAAUUAUAGCAUUAUUAUUAAUUAAUCAUGUUUAUCAUUUGAAUGCCCUCUGGUGUAGCUAAGACAUUAACUUGAAACAUUGAUGACAUGAAUCAGGAAGCUUAUUGUAAUUCAUUAUUGGUUAAUUAUGCAAUUCUAUCCAUUUAGAUUCUGACAUUAUGGUACCGUGCCCCAGAAGUUCUCCUCAACUCCCCUCGUUACUCCACUGCAGUUGACCAGUGGAGCAUCGGCUGCAUCUUCGCAGAACUGGUUACCAAGCGACCAUUGUUUAAGGGUGAUUCUGAAAUCGGCCAACUAUUCCGUAUUUUUAGGUAAGCACAAGUUCAAAGUGUUUAUGCAAUUUGGCCCUGUAGGCCAGGGUGAUUUGCAUCAACUGCAAUGCCUAAAUAAAUUUGCCAACAGUGCCCCUUCCUUCCACACCAACAGCACCCCUAAAUUUUUCUUCCAACCCUAUUAUUUUUUCAACGUGACUGACCGUACGACCCUAUUUUCUCUGGGUGGUUGUGGGCUGCUACCAAAAUGGCGUCUGUUGUCACACUAAUUAUUGGAAAAAAAUAUUCAAAAAAAAUUAUCUCCGACCUACCGAACCUAAUUUUUUCGCAAUAUUAAACCGGAACCACAGGUAUUUUUUACGCCUUAACUAAAACUUAUUCAUGAAUUGAUCAUCACAGGCUUCUAGGUACGCCAACAGAAGAAAACUGGCCAGGAGUAACCAAGUUACCUUCAUACGAACCAACGUUUCCCAAGUGGACCAAAUCUGAGAAUGACGGAUUGAAGAAAGUCGUUGCGACACUCUGUAGCAGUGGUAUCGACCUCCUGGAGAAAUUUUUCAUCUAUCAACCAAGUAUGCGUAUCUCUUGCAAGAAGGCGCUACAACAUGCCUACUUCUUGGACCUCAAUACCAGCUCUUUACCCGCACUGCCCGAUCUCUCUUGAUCUAUUUUAUGUUUUGUCCUUUUAUUUUAUAUCAGAGACAUUUAUUUAGUAUAUCUGAAGAUACUGACCUAUAUUCCCAUUAAUGUAAAUAUUAACUGUGUUGUAUUUAAUACUCUGUAAUUUAUCUUGAUUGCACAUCAUUAGUAGAGCACAAGAAAUCUGGAAUUAAUUAAUACCUGCCCAAAGAGAACAUCAGCCAUCAGAGUCUUGAAAUAUGGCAUCUGUAUAUAAUGUAACUCCACUCUGUAAGUUCACUUGUUUGACCAUGAUGGUACUCUAAACAAUUUGAGAAACAUGUAACCAAGUCAUAGACUGCACUCUGGGAACAAAGUAUGCCUGUAAAAGUGCUAGGUUUAUUGACAAAAGUUUAAAAUUAAAAUUGAUAUUGCAAUUCACUUAUCU